ACAUGGAUAAAGGUGUCCAGCCUUGAGGAGUUGGGUGUGGAAACAAUUGUACUGUCGUUUGACCACCAAAAGGCCACAAUGGAAGUCAGUGAAGUGAGCAGUAAAGGAGCUUCAGAAUUUCUGGCCUCUACAGACACUGUCAACAAUUUUGCCCUCCACUUUAAAGCUUCUUCCUCAGCCAUACGUACCACAAAGGAACCAGUCAGUGUCUUGGUCAAGAGGGUGCAGGAACUGUUUAACCAGAAAUACAAGGACGUCGGGGGUGUUGGGAAGAUUCCAUACCAGUCUCUUCGAAAUCACAAUGUCACCAUUCAUGCUGCUGGAUUGCCCAAAGGCCUAACAUUAAAAAAGCCAUCUUUCUAUGGAAGAAAACAACUAGAGGACAUAAUAAAGGCUGAAGAUCAGAUUUCUUUCCAUAUAGGUGGAGAAAAUGGGGCACAAUCACAGACUGUGGAAGAAAUACUGGAUGCCAUGUGUGGAAACGGUAGGUUUCUUGUGUUUAUUAUAGUUGUCAUGAUCUGUGUUUUUGUUUCUAGUUGUUUCCUGUCGUCACGCCAUGUCCUGUCUUAUUUUGUUAACUUCCUGUCACUCUCCGGUUCCCAGUAUCCACACCUGUUACCCAUCAGUAAUCAGCACCUGUAUUUAACCUCCACCUCUUACCUACCCCAGUCGCCAGAUUGUUGUAUUCGAAGUUCAUUUGUGUUCCGUGUUUCCUGAGCGUUCCGUGUUUCUCCAGUGUAUUCGUUUUUCAUCAGUGUCGCUUGUUUCUUAAGCGUUCGUGUUUCUUGAAAGUUCGGAGUUUCGUUCGUGUUUUUGUGUCUCCGAGUUCCCCGUGUUUCGUGUUCCGGUUUUGCCUCGUGUAUCCUGCCUGACCCUGGACUGCUACUGACCGUGAGUUUGCCUGAUCCCUGCCUGUAUUUUUGCCGUAACCUUUUGUGUAUGACCUGGACCGUCCGACCCUGCCGUGAAAAAUAAACCUCAGUUUGAUUAUAA